AUGCGAGGCCGACUUUUCGCUGGCAGGAGGACGGAGCGAUUGAUAGAAAAAGAUGGGAGUUGUAGUGUCGUGUCAAAAAAUGUUUCGUACAGUCAGAACAGUUUCUACCGCGAUAUUUUCACAUCCCUGCUGGACAUGAGGUGGAGGUACAACAUGGUCGUCUUUGUUUUCGUCUUCGUCGGAAGCUGGUUUUUCUUCGCCAUGCUAUGGUGGAUGGUAGCCUUCUUUCACGGUGAUCUUCCAAACGAUAAAGUAACCACUCAACGUUCAACAAACGACGGCAUGAUCAAUGUACCGUGCGUUGACGGCGUCAAUAAUUUCCUUACCGCUCUCUUGUUCUCCGUCGAGACUCAGCAGACAGUCGGAUACGGCACUCGUAAUUUGAACAGCCACUGCACCUCUGCAACCAUACUGCUUGUGGUGCAAGCUUGCAUGGGAAUUUUGCUGCAGUCCCUGAUGACCGGGGUCGUGUAUUCAAAGUUGUCGAGACCGAAGCACAGAGCACGCACGAUGAUGUUCAGCAAGUUUGCCGUCAUAUGCCAACGUGAUGACCAGUACUGCCUGCUCUUCAGAGUGGGCGACACAAGAAAAUCCUACCUAAUAGGCACCUCGAUACGGGUUCUUCUGAUCAAGUCUAAAGACGAAUGCAGUUUCUUCUCAAACUUCCAACAUUCUUUGGACCUGGAGAUGGAUCAGGAUGCUCAUGAUAGCUCCAUCCUGCUGAUCUGGCCGGUGACGGUCGUUCAUAAAAUUGAUGAGAACAGUCCGCUCUGGAAUGUUUCAGUUGAAGAUUUAUUCACGGCGAAAUUUGAGAUCGUGGUUGUGUUGCAGGGCACGAUCGAGCACACCGGCAUGACCGCCCAACUCUGCACUAGUUACCUUCCUUCUGAAAUACUUUGGGGCCAUCGUCUGGCUCCGCUUUUAACCUAUCAGAACGAAAAUGGAAAAUACGAAAUCGAAUUUUCAGAGUUUCACAAAGUCAUUCCGGAUAAAAAUAUGCCAGAAUGCAGUGCGAGAGACAGAGGUAAGGAAGUGUUUUUAUCAAAACUAAAAUGGAGCAUUUUACCGCGUAUGAUUUUAUGCAUGUAUAAAUACUGUGUGUAA